CAGAAGCGGGGCUCGGUGUACACGUCGAGGCGACUUUUUAAAAGCCUGUUUUUUUAUUAUUUCUUCAAGACUAUUUCAUUUAUGUAAACCUGGCUGCUUUUUUCGGGAGGACUGAGGGAAUCAUCGCUGCACGAGGGAACCACCGUCAGCACCCAAAGGAGACGACAUCUGGCUUCACAUGGCCAUGUGAAGAGGGACUAUGGAAGGCCAAAAUGCAAUAAACAGUCCAAAACAGAGGAAUGAUGGAGACAGAGGGAGUCGUAGAAACAGCAACACAUUCAAUCCGAUUCUAAUGAAAUCAACAACUCUUACAUGCUGCACAGCUGCCUUGUACAAAGGUGGAAAGGGGCUGGUGAAACGUUCAUAGUUAUAAAGCUGAAUGAGGAAACAAGAGGUGCACAUUAUUAGGAUCACGUUGCUGCAAAAAUGAGUAGGCGUACUGGAUGUGUGCAUAUGACACAGGACUAACUGAGUCAACUGAGAGCGCUGGAAGGAGUGACCACAGACGUAGCUAUGUAAGAAGACUUCUUUCCGAUGUACGGGUCCUGACAAUCAACACACUACUGUGAUUCAUGGCACAUAUGUGGUACCUCAGGGGGAUACUUCGGUUCAUUAGCAGAAGAGAAACAUGCAUAUGAUGAAUAUAUGAGAUUUCUCAGCGUUCGUCCUAAGACAAACAGGUUUCCAUUUUUUGAUUGAAGGAAGCACGGUUUGAAUGUGCACCAUGCCUAGGAACCGAGCCUUUUCCGAGCCCGAGUACUCUGCGGAGUAUUCUGCAGACUGCUCUGUGACGCUGCCCUCUGACCCCGGGCAGGCGGUUGGGCGAACCCAUGAGGUCACGGUUCGGAGCUCAGGAUGCUGCCUCUGCCUGCCGCGGUUCAUGCGCCUCACCUUUGCACCUGAGUCUCUGGAGAACCUCUACCAGACCUACUUCAGACGGCAGAGACACGAAACCCUGCUGGUGCUGGUCGUCUUUGCCGCCCUCUUUGACAGCUACAUCAUCGUCAUGUGUGCGGUGGUCUACACCACUGACAAGCUGGCUUCUGUUCUGGUGGCAUCAUUGGGACUGGCGGCCGAUAUUGUCCUCUACGUGCUGUGCCGCUUUGGGCUGCUUCCAGACCGCAUAUCGAGGCGGGUGGUGCCCUACGCCCUGUGGGUGCUCAUCGCGGCUCAGAUAUUCUGCUACCUGGGACUGAACUAUGCCCGCUUCCACCAGGCCAGUGACACGGUGGGCUGGCAGGCUUUCUUCAGCUUCUCUUUUUUCCUGACUCUGCCUUUGAGGCUGACACCCAUCGUGCUCAUCACCACUGUGUCCUGCGGGGUCCACACCCUGGUUCUAGGCGUCACCAUCGCCCAGCAGCAGCAGGAGCACAUCCAGGGUGCCGCACUCGGCAGACAGCUACUAGCCAACAUAGUGAUCUAUGUCUGUGCCAUCACUGUGGGCGUCAUGUCGUACUAUAUGGCUGACCGCAAGCAUCGGAAGGCCUUUCUGGAGGCCAGACAGUCCCUGGAGGUCAAACUGAACCUGGAGGAGCAGAGCCAGCAGCAGGAGCGUCUGCUGCUCUCCAUCCUUCCAAAGCACAUAGCUGAUGAGAUGCUUCAGGACAUGAAGAAGGAGCCCAGUCAGAAAGAGAUGCAGCAGUUCAACACCAUGUACAUGUACCGACACGAGAACGUCAGUAUUCUGUUUGCAGAUAUCGUGGGCUUCACUCAGCUGUCGUCGACCUGCAGCGCUCAUGAGCUGGUCAAACUGCUCAACGAGCUCUUCGCUCGCUUCGACAAACUGGCUGCAAAAUAUCACCAGCUGAGGAUCAAGAUUCUGGGAGACUGCUACUACUGUAUCUGUGGGCUGCCUGACUACAGGGAGGACCACGCUGCAUGCUCCAUCAUGAUGGGGCUGGCCAUGGUGGAGGCCAUCUCGUACGUCAGAGAGAAAACUCAGACAGAUGUUGACAUGCGAGUGGGAGUUCACAGUGGGACCGUCCUGGGGGGGGUUUUGGGACAGAAACGCUGGCAGUACGACGUCUGGUCCACGGACGUCACUGUGGCAAACAAAAUGGAGGCUGGAGGGAUACCAGGGCGCGUCCACAUCUCUCAGAGCACCAUGGAGUGUCUUCAUGGAGAGUUCGACACAGAGCCAGGAAACGGAGGAGACCGCUGCGACUACCUGAAGGAGCGCGGCAUCGAGACCUACCUGGUGGUUGUCCCUAAAGUACCUGUGGGGAAGAACGGCAUCAACGGUGUAAAGCUGUCUGUAACCUCGUCCAAUGGAAACUCCCCGCUGUUGAUUAACACCACAGAGUGUAACGGCAGCGUUAACACCACCUGCACCACCCCCGAGGAACCAGAGGAACCAGAGGAACUGGACACAAGGCCCUCCUCCCCCUCCUCCUCCUCCCUAUCAGGUCCGGGCGGUUGCCUGUACAACCCCAAAUACUACAGCUACAUCGCCGUGCUGGCGCUGAUGGCCACCACCAUGCUGGUUCAGGUCAGCCACAUGGUGAAGCUCACGCUGAUGCUGCUCAUCACGGGGGCCACGGGCAUCGUCAACAUCUACAGCUGGAGGGACAUCUUCGACCGCUACGACAUGGCCCGCUUCCAGGACUACAGCACAUACCUGGUGCCCUCCAAGUUCACAAUGACAAUUAUGAUCUUCAUUAUGAUGGUCAGCUUCUAUUAUUUCUCCAGACAUGUGGAGAAGCUGGCCCGCACCCUGUUCCUGUGGAAGAUAGAGGUCCACGAGCAGAAGGAGAAGGUGUAUGAGAUGAGGCGCUGGAACGAAGCCCUGGUGACCAACAUGCUGCCGGAGCAUGUGGCCCGACACUUCCUGGGCUCCAAGAAAAGGGACGAGGAGUUGUACAGCCAGUCCUACGAUGAGAUUGGAGUCAUGUUUGCCUCCAUUCCUAACUUCUCUGACUUCUACACGGAAGAGAGCAUCAAUAACGGAGGGAUCGAAUGCUUACGCUUCCUCAAUGAGAUCAUCUCAGACUUUGACAGUCUGCUGGAUGAGCCUCAGUUCCGCUGCAUCACAAAGAUAAAGACCAUCGGCAGCACCUACAUGGCUGCCUCAGGAGUCACCCCAGACGUCAGCAACGGCUACAGCUGCAUGAAGAAGGAGGAGCAGUCUGACAGAGAGCGCUGGCAGCACCUGGCAGACCUGGCAGACUUCGCUCUGGCCAUGAAGGUCACACUCAUGAACAUCAACUACCAAUCAUUCAACAACUUCAUGCUACGCAUCGGUCUGAAUAAGGGUGGAGUGUUAGCAGGAGUAAUCGGUGCCCGGAAACCCCACUACGACAUCUGGGGCAACACUGUGAACGUGGCCAGCCGCAUGGAGUCAACGGGGGUGAUGGGAAACAUCCAGGUGGUGGAAGACUGCUACAACAUUCUGAAGGAGUACAGCUUCCGCUUUGUGAGGAGGGGGCCGAUCUUUGUGAAGGGAAAAGGUGAACUGCUCACGUAUUUCCUGAAGGGAAGAGACAAACAAGGCUCAUUUAUCAACGGCUCCUCUGUCACUCUGCCACACCAGGUGGUGGACAGCUAAGGACUCACACACACACACACACACACACACACACACACACAGCAGUUACAUCCAGUGUGUAAUGAUCGCAGAGUGAGAGAGUUUCUGGAACGAGAAAUAAUUUGCCAAAAAACGCUCCGGUACCUGGUAUUCAACCAAAUGUUUACAAAUUACAGAACCACUACACACUUCAUACACACCUCUGACAACACCAUUGCUGAACUCACACAGACACACUUGUUCUCUGUCUGUGGAAAGAUAUAAAUGCCUGUAGAUAUUGUAUUUGAAUUCAAGUUUCACCACGGAACUCAAAACAUGAAUCAAUUCAUAUCAAAUGGAAUUAUUCAAAAUGUAGAGAAACAACAGACAUCCAAAUCAGACACUAUAGAUUAAAUAUUACAAAUACAAAUAAUUAGACUACAUUACAUCAAGUUGCUCUUUAAGUGACACAAGAUGGCCACAUUUUCAUAUUUAUGGUAGUUUUUCAGAAACACAGAGAAAUGCACUUACUUUCAGUGUAAACAAAGAGAAGCUUUGUUCCCCCCAACCUAAUGGAAUUAAGAUGGAGGUUAAUGACAAUGUGUUAGUAACUGGAGUAAGCUGGAUGUGUGUUUUCACAUUCUCCUGCAACAAAAAGUGAUAUGAAGGUUUCUUCAACAUUCUCCUGCUACAAAUAUUCACACCUUCAGACACACUCUCCUGCAGCUCAUUUAAAAAAGACAAAUCCACACCAGCAGCUCUUUAUCCAACCAUGGACGUUAGCACCCUAACCAUUCAGAUAUCACCAUGUAUACCUAUCAUUUCAAUCCAAUGUCAUCCAUUGCCGAAUAUUUAAUUUAAAUACAAUGAUAGGUUUUAUUUCUUUCCAGAUGAAAACAUUGUUCUCACACACACACAAACACAAGGCCUUUCGCACCUGACCACAUUAACACAACGUAGCUUUUGGACGCCCGGCCUAAAUUCUGGACCGCUCCACAUGUACAAAAUCCUUCCAUGAACGGAAAGCUGAUCUGAAAGCUGAUCUGAGCUCAGAUUUCCUGUCUCUGAUGAAGAAGAGGAUUUGGAAGUGGACCAAUGAGAGGCCAGAAGUGACAAUAGAGCUGCUGCCAAUGUGUUUGCGCAUAGUGUUUUCCUGCAAAAUCAAAGUAUUCUCUCUCCUCGUGUGUGAUCUGGGGACAGGUCGCUCCUCCGUGUUCACGCCUCUGUACGGAGAGACACAGGUGUCAGUUCAGAGGGUAGCACACAUGGCAGAAAUAUUUUUCACUCUGAUUGUGGAUUGAUGGAAGUGCCUAUCACAGCUGUGAUGUUUUCAUGAAGUUAAAGGAGUCUAUAGCCUUCUACAGGUAGGGGAAAGUCUUUGAGUCUUUUCACAUUGCUGUGUGGGGAUAAUUCAAGUGUAUUUCAGCAACUCCACUCUCUAUUUAAUUAGUAACUAAGAUCUGGAAACAUGAUGAAAUCAACAAAAAUAGGUCUGUGAAUGGUUUAGAAACAAAGCAACAUGGAGCCUUAUUCGAAGAUAAAGUAUGCACUGUAACAUUAUUACCCAUAGUUUCACAUCACAGUUUAUAAACCCACUGCCUGCCUAAACUUUGACAUACUGUACCUACCAAGCCCCCAGCAAGAGCGGCGGCCAUUAAAGCAAAUGUUUCCAGUGGCCAAACAAUGGUACUACAACGUCCUUGUCAGUUUGUGACGUCAUUGGGCCAAAAGAAGACUUUUUCCCAUUGACUUACAUUGGGAAAGAGAUGUCUGUAAAUAAUUGUAUAAUUCUUUUAUAGCUUAAUUUACUACACAGGAGUUACUUUCCCUCUCCAUUUAUUUAACUGAGCCGAAACCCGGCAGAUUAGAUGUUCAAUCGUGAUGCCACUAAGCAACUUUUACAGGAAUGAACGCCUCAGACGCAGUUCUCUUAAUACAACCAUGGUACCAACGUUUUCUUUGGAUUAUUGUCAGCAUUUUAGGUGUGUUCACUUUCAGUUUAAUCACCAAUGAUGGUUCGGACUAUCAUCCAUGUUGUCUAAAUAUAAGGCUUAUUUUGUUUUUAUAAAUCGGCCUAACCGGUUUUACUGUAAUGGGUAUUUUCAUUUUAUUUAUUUUUACCAAAAAAAGUUAUAAAAAUAUUCUUUUAAAUGAUUUGGCUUCCCCCUGCAGACACUCUCAGUACCCCUAGGGGUCACGGACCCCCUGUGGGACAACUUCUACUCCUGUUUCUGGAUCCAUUAGACCUCUUUGUGACAUUUGAUCUCAGCAAUUAGCUUGGGUGAAUGUGUCAGAAAAGGACAGAGGCUGUAAUAAACUGGAGUUUCCUUUCAUUGCAUGUGGAAAAACAAGAGACUUCAGUCAAUCUAGAACGUAUUAAACAUGUAUUUCAAUGUGUCAAAAGACGACAGCGACAAACGGUUCAAUACAUGAACUUGUUGCAGCCUUCCACAUCGUUUUCACACGAUUUGAAUCAAGCCCAUUUCUAUCUGGUAUUAACAUGUGUGGAAAGUGUCAAUAGGCCUUUUGAAUUCACACCUCACGCUUUGACGCUGCUGUCCCCAGUGCUACUGAGGAACGGUCUUCACCUUGCUUCAUGGACGAGUUCAUUUAUUGCCAUCCGAGUUAGCAGAAUUGGAAUCUGUGUACAUUAACCCCUGCUUUACAAAGCAGAUUCACUGAUCCAGAUACAGAUCUCAUGUUAAUACCAAGUGGAUUCGGGGUCUAACUUUUCUCUUGAGUUUUGUCCUGAAGUUGGCUAUCAUCUGUGUGUUUGUUAGUCUCUGCUUGUUGGACAUGUACAGCAGACACCACAGGGUUUUUCAUACACCAAUGUGUUUUCACGUGCAGUUGGCAGAUGGGCCGAAAAACGUUUUGGUUCAUGUGAAAAUCUGCAAGAAGUUCCCACUGAAGCUGCAUUCACAUGAUACGCGAUUUGCUCUUCGCCCACCUUGAGUUUGGGCACAGAGUCUUGCGUGCGAGAAAAGCUAGUUAAGUUGUGUUUCUAUGGUAACCCCUCGUGCUAGUUUGCGCCACUUCAUGGAGCCGUCAUCUUAUUGGUUGCGCGUUGAAAGGUCAGCAGUAAACGAGUUAAAGGUUUAGAUAAUUUGAGCGCAGUGCUCCUCGCUCCCAGGAAGUGCACCAGCAAAUGUUGUAGUGGCCAAACAUUUGUACUAAAGUCCUUUUCUUUUUUCCAUUGACUUGAAAAACUCAAGUGCUUAUUCUCGCUGGGCAAAAUCCCCUAAUUGAUCCAAUACCUUUUGAAUCUACAGUCGCUCCAUUUAGGGAUUCAUGCUCCACUGAGGACAUUUCAUAAGAAUGAACAGUGCCCCGCCUCCGACCAGUUCUCUUCAUACAUCAAUGUGCGUGACUGUGAGUGUAGUGAGUCACCUAUUCACACCGCUCUCUCUAUUGAAACAUAACAGCAACAUAAUAAUAAUAAUAAUAAUAACUUAGAUUUAUAUAGCGCCUUUCACCCAAGGUCACUUUACAGAAAAACAGAAUGUCAGCGCAGAGCAGUUUUCCCGCCUAUCAUGUGAAUGCAGCUUAAGAGACCUGGCCAGGUGAGAAAAUAUGGACAGACAAGAACACCAAGCAAAAUCUGACUUUAUUAUUUCAAAUGUUUGGAGUAAAUGCAGAUAAACCAUAUUCUGAGGGAAGCCUGGUCUGCCUCGACAGUCUUCUCACACGCAGGGAAUGAGGCAUGUCAUGGUGCUUAUUUUUACAUCAUUUUGCCAAAUUUGUUGCAAUUAGAGAAGCUCUGACAAGACUCCCCUAACGGAGAAAAACGCUUGUAUUUUGGAUGUCCACAUGAAGGCAGGACACACAGUGGAAGGAGCGCCCCCACCUGGCAGGAAGCAGAUGUGCUGUGUGAGGGUUUUGGGGAUAUGAUUAUGUAUACAGCUCUUUCCUCCGCUGAUUGUAAAGCCCAUUAAUGAUUCAGUAGAAUGGGAUAAAAGUGCAAUAGUUUCUUCUCCUACAAAACACGCUCCUCUCUUAAGGAAAGGUUCAAUCAUUCCUUCCCCUUUAAUUCAUAUUUUUAUAAUGUUAUGUACAAGUUUUGUCAUAUUUAAGGAGAAGGAAAGAGGACUGAGUAUGUCCUAGUUGUAUAUAGACUUUAGAAGGUGUUUAUGAAUCAGAUUUAUUUAUUGGAAAUGACAGAGACAUUGUUUUUUUGUUUGUUUUUUUACACAGAUGUGAAAGUGCCAAUGAUAAAAGGAAUGACUUUAAAUGUUAAAAGCCAAAAAAUGGACCACGGCUGUUUCCUGAUUUAUAUUUUAAAAGAAUCUCAGGCUUGGGAACAAAAAUGGAAUAAUGUGUCAUUAUUUCCAGGUUUUGACUGCGACAGAAUCUUCUUCUUUUUUUUUAAAGCUAAGCAGCAACACAGAACAGUGAACGCCAUCUGGAGAGCCAGCAGGGCCAGCCGAUGAUGAAGUCGACAAAAUGAUUUAAUCUUGUGGUUCUAGUUGUUGUUGUCGUUCCAUUUUGUCCGGAUUUUAUUCAAAACUUUGAUUCCUCUGCACAUUUUUUGUGAUUUUUAAUUAGAUAUACUGUAGAUCCCAAUUCUGGUUUUGAAGUAUUUCUCAUUCUGUGUACCCUCCUUCAUUUCAACUGUCAUUGUAAGGUGAGUUGAUAAAAAAA